CAAACCCAUCGCUGGAGCACGCAGAACAGAAUGAAAUGUAACAAAACAGACGACAACAUUGUACCUGCUUAAAGGAGCCGUGAUCUAUGUGGUAAACGCAAAGAAACUCACGGGGAACACGGAAAAAAACGACUUUUGGGGAAAGGGGUGCCAAAAGUUGUUCAGGAGGAAGAGCGGAAUAUAAAAAUUGUACGGACGCAAGAAACUGAAGUAAGACGCUGAGAUCGAUCAAGGGAAUUACCGCAAAGAUGAUGAUAAGAAGAUGAAAAGCCAACAAUACGCGCGUAUUCGGAACAUCUGCCGAUUAAGGAGUUCGUUUUAAGUGGACUACAAUGGCUUGAUUUAAUUCUGUUUCACAUUUGUGGGAAGACACCAUUCAUGGUCCAAGUUAACAUCCAGAAACUUUGUCGCGUUUGAUUUGGAAUAUUUUAUUUCUAUGAGACAGCGGGACAUCCGCUGUGUUGGGUUAUUUAUCGGCGAGGCCACCUGUUUCUGUGGCUGAUUUUUCGAAUCACCAUGUCCAAAGUGAUCCAAAAGAAGAAUCACUGGACCACCAAAGUAAACGAAUGCGCCGUCUACAAAGACGUCCGCGGUGAACUCAACGCCGAGCUCCUCGGUGGCGCGGAGAAUGGAGAGUUUGCCUACAUAGGGCAAGUUAACGAAAAUGCCGUGGUUUACAAGAAUGGCAAAUUAAUCGAGGGGGAAAUACUGCUGGAAGUUGAGACGCUGUCCGUCUCCGGAUUGCCUCUGUAUGACGUCCUGACUGUGAUAAAGAAUUGCAAAGGAGCUAUCAGACUCAAAACUGUCAGACAAGGAAAUAAGCUCAACAAAGACCUGAAACGCUACCUGAGCCAGAGGUUCCAAAAGUCUUCCGCGGAUCACGAACUUCAGCAGACCAUUCGCGAUAACCUAUACCGCCACGCCGUGCCUUGUACUACCCGCGCCCCUCGAGACGGAGAGGUCCCUGGAGUCGAUUACAACUUCCUGUCUGUGGAUGACUUCCUGAAGCUGGAACAGAGUGGGACCCUGCUGGAGAUCGGAUCUUACGAGGGUAACUAUUAUGGAACACCCAAGCCGCCGUUGCAGCCCCCUAGUGGGAAAGUGAUUACCAGCGAUGCUCUGCAAGACUCGUCCCUCCCCGGCUCCCAGCACUCCACUCCCCGACGAACCAAGUCCUACAAUGAGAUGCAGAAUGCUGGAAUAGUGCCUGCCGACCUAGAGGACGAUGACGAGGCUCCUGAAAUGAACAAUAGCUUUACAGGAGACUCGAGUGAACCUGACGAGCACACCUCGGUGCGACCAUACUCCACCCGCGACAACGCUUCCAUCUCCUCCUCCUCCACUGCGCUCAACGGCGCCCCGUCGUCAACCACGGACGGCCCACAGCAGACCCCGCCACCCCACCUCCCCCCUCCCCCCGAGGAGGAAGCACUGGGGCCCCUCCCGGACAACUGGGAGAUGGCCUACACGGAGAAUGGGGAGGUCUACUUCAUAGAUCACAACACUAAGACAACAUCCUGGAUCGACCCUCGGUGCCUGGAUAAACCUCAGAAACCCUUAGAAGAAUGUGAAGAUGAUGAAGGGGUCCAUACAGAGGAGUUGGACAAUGACUUAGAGCUACCAACAGGAUGGGAGAAAAUUGAAGAUCCUGUCUAUGGCGUUUAUUAUGUGGAUCACAUAAACAGGAAGACGCAGUAUGAGAACCCCAUCCUGGAGGCCAAGCGCAAGAAGCAGCAGGAGCAGCAGCCUCAGCAAGCUGAAGAAUGGAUAGAGGAACCACCACCCGGCGCACCCCUGGCCAGCUACGCCAGCCACCAAGAGACCUACCGGGACCCUCUGCCACCCGGCCUGCCCCCCGUUGUAGCGCCAAAAAGAGGCAAGCCCUUCUUUACGCGCAACCCAGCCGAGCUGAAGGGCACCUUCAUCAACACCAAGCUGAAGAAGAGCCGCCGGGGCUUCGGCUUCACGGUGGUGGGGGGCGACGAGCCCGACGAGUUCCUCCAGAUCAAGAGCCUGGUGCUGGACGGACCCGCCGCCCUGGACGGGAAGAUGGAGACCGGUGACGUGAUAGUCAGUGUGAACGACACCGUCGUGCUGGGCUACACGCACGCCCAGGUGGUGAAGAUCUUCCAGUCCAUACCCAUCGGCUCCAUGGUGGACCUCCGGCUGUGCCGCGGCUACCCACUGCCCUUUGACCCCGACGACCCCAACACCAGCCUGGUGACCUCGGUGGCCAUCCUGGACAAGGAGCCCAUCAUCGUCAACGGCCAGGAGAGCUACGACUCCCCCUCCAGCCACGGCAGCCAGGCGGGCAGCCAGAGCGGCGGCAGCAGCGUCAACGUUAGCGGCGUCGGCGUCGGUAGUGGUGGUGGGGUAGGCGGCGGCAUCGGUAUUGGCAGCGGCGUGGGCACUGUGGCAGGGGGUAUGAACGGCGUGCGCGAGGUGCGGCCCCACAGCCCCUCGGCAGAGGUGGCGUCCAACGGCUCGUCCUCGCACGGCGGCGGCUUCCCCAGCGACGUGGUGACGCUGGCGUCCUCCAUCGCCACGCAGCCCGAGCUCAUCACCGUGCACAUGGAGAAGGGCGAGAAGGGCUUCGGGUUCACCAUCGCCGACAGCCCCUCGGGCGGCGGGCAGCGCGUCAAGCAGAUCGUGGACUACCCGCGCUGCCGCGGCCUCCGGGAGGGGGACAUCAUCGUGGAGGUGAACAAGAGGAACGUGCAGAACCUCACGCACAACCAGGUGGUGGACAUUCUCAGCAAGUGCCCCAAGGGGAGCGAGGUGACCAUGCUGGUGCAGAGAGGUGUGGCACCCGCAAAGAAAAGCCCAAAAUUGCAGUUGGAGCGUAAGGACAGCCAGGCCAGUUCUCAGCACAGUGCCUCCAGCCACCGCAGCGGGCACGCCGAGUCCCCGGCCCACGCCGCCUCCCAGGCCCUGCUGGCCACCGAGACGGCCACCGCCGCCCGAGGAGGAGGAGCCCCGCCCGCCCAUGCCCAGCCGGCCGCGCCCGGUGAGCCGCCCGCCGCCGCCGACGGAACCAUCCAGAAGAAGCCGGACCCCUUCCGGAUCUGGGCACAGUCCAGGAGCAUGUAUGAAAGUAGGCUUCCAGACGCUCAGGAGCAAGACAUCUUCCUGUGGAGGAAGGACACAGGCUUUGGCUUCAGGAUUUUGGGAGGAAAUGAACCUGGCGAGCCGAUCUACAUUGGCCACAUUGUGAAGUAUGGUGCGGCGGAUGAGGACGGGCGUCUGCGCUCGGGCGACGAGCUAAUCUGCGUGGACGGGACUGCCGUGGUGGGCAAGUCUCACCAGCUGGUGGUGCAACUGAUGCAGCAGGCGGCCAAGCAGGGCCACGUCAACCUCACCGUCAGGCGCAAGAGCGGCUUUGGAGCUCCCAAAGUGGAUGGCGAGGUGCCCCCGUCGCCGGCCUCGUCCCACCACAGCAGCAACCACGCGCCGUCGCUAACGGAGGACAAGCGCACGCCGCAGGGCUCCCAGAACUCCCUCAACACCGUCAGCUCCGGCUCCGGCAGCACUAGCGGCAUCGGCAGCGGCGGUGGCGGCGGAACCGGGCCAGGACCGGGACCAGCUGCCGCUCCUGUUUCUGCCGCCACUGCGACCGCUGUCAACAGUACAAACAGUGGCGUCCCGGGCACGACCAUCCAGCCCUAUGACGUGGAGAUCCGGCGCGGCGAGAACGAGGGCUUCGGAUUCGUCAUCGUCUCGUCCGUCUCCAGACCCGAGGCCGGCACCACCUUCGGUCGCAUCAUCGAGGGCAGCCCGGCGGACCGCUGCGGCAGGCUGAAGGUGGGCGACCGCAUCCUGGCCGUCAACGGCUGCUCCAUCACCAACAAGUCCCACUCCGACAUCGUCAACCUCAUCAAGGAGGCCGGCAACACCGUCACCCUGCGCAUCAUCCCCGGCGACGAGUCCUCCAAUGCCUCCCUUCUGACCAACGCAGAGAAGAUUGCCACCAUCACCACCACACACACGCCUCAGCAGCAGUCUACACCUGGGAACAACACCAAACCAAAACAGGAGUCAUUUGAGUUCAAGUCUCCCCCGGCUCCUCCGCCUCCAGCCCCUAGCCAGGGUCCACCUCAGGAUGCUGAGUUCUACUCGGUGGAUCUGGAGCGGGACAGUAAGGGUUUCGGCUUCAGCCUGCGUGGAGGACGUGAGUACAACAUGGACCUCUACGUGCUGCGGCUGGCAGAGGACGGGGCCGCCGUGCGCAGCGGCAAGAUGAGGGUGGGCGAUGAGAUCCUGGAGAUCAAUGGGGAGAGCACCAAGGGCAUGAAGCACGCCCGCGCCAUCGAGCUGAUCAAGAACGGCGGCAGGCGGGUGCACCUGGUGCUCAAGCGCGGCGACGGCUCCGUGCCCGAAUAUGACGGCAGCGGCAACGUCAACGGCACCGCCGCCGCCGGCGACCAAAGCGUUUCGGAAGUGAACGGCGCGCCCGCGCUCAGCCAGCCGCCGCGCCCACCAUCGGUGUCCAGCUACCCACAAGACUUUCACGAACCAUCCCGGAGCAAGGAGAGGCGGGCGAGGGAGGCCAGCGGGACCAAGAAGGCCCACGGCCGGAGCGCCAGCCACCACCAUUCCAACCAGCGCCACCGCUCGGCCGACAAGAAGGGCAAGAGUAAGAGCAAGAGCAAGGGCCUCUUCAAGAAGAAGGGCGACAAGAAGAAGUCCGAGAACUCCCACCAUCACCACUCCUCCCACCACAAGAGUGGCCACCACCACCACCACCACAGCAGCCAUCAUCGUCACCACGGCACCAGCGGCGGGCAUCACCGCAGGCACCGCUCCCCCGAGAAGGGCCGCCGCGCCCGCAGUGCUGAGAACACCCUGGACAGCAGGCACAGUCGGGGCGGCCGCGGACGCUCACCAGCCAGACACCACCACACUACCACCCACCGCCACGCCUCGCCCCAUCGCUACAGAUCUCCCCACCGGGGGCGCUCCCCUCACCGCUCCCCUCACCGCUCCCCUCACCGCCACCACCAGCACCGCUCCCCGCCCCGCUACAGCUCCCCCCAGCGCUCCAGGUACAAGUCGCCCCCGCGGUACCGCGCCCGCUCCGUGGACCCCUAUGCCGCCUACGCCGCCCGGGUGGCCAACACCAAGCCGGAGAAGGAGGAGGACGUGGCCCUGAAGGAGCCGCCGCCGCCGGUGCCCCCCUCCCGCUCCGAGAGCGUCCUGACGGAGGCCGCCGCCCUGGAGCGCCUGAACCGCGUGGACACGCUGCAGCGCGACGCCUCCAGCAUGCUGCGCGACCCCUCGCCCAUGGAGCGAGCCUACCGCGGCGAGACGCUCCUCAAGGACCCGGGGAUGCGCGACGCCAUCGAGAGGGCCUACCGCGAGGCCGUGGAGCGGGAGCGGGACGCGGCGGCCCAGACUCUGCCCAGGGUGCGCACGCCCGAGACGGCCUACGAUCGCUACAGCUCCCUGCUGCGAGGGCGCACGCCGGAUAGAGAGGGCCGUCCCGCCACCGCCACAGCAGCUGCCCGCUACAGAACCCGCAGCCUGGGUAGAGACCUGUCACCGGAGAGGAGCUACGCGGAGGUGAACGACGACGAUGACGAGGACGACGUGCCAGACUACUACAGGGUGCCCAGACCCGCUUACGCUCGAGUGUCCGACACACUGCCGGAGCCGCAGCGCAAACCCUACAAAGACAACCCCAAAGACCUCAGCAUCUAAUCCAGACCUCUCUCUCUCCGCUCCAUCAUGCUCUCAUCACCCCUGCUCCAUCGCUUUGCUCCCUGUUGGGUGGGUAACUUACCCCCCCCCCUCCCUUUCAUCCAUUUUGGGAACAUGGACCCUGGAGAACUUCGUUUCCCCUGUCUGUCGGAAAUCCAAUAUCCUCAUUAAGUACUCCUCCUUAAAACAGAGAUUCUGAACUUUGAAAUCCACUGCAAGAAUGAAAGUAUGAACUCUUUAAUCUUUUUUUUUUCACUCAUUAUCCAGGUUUAGGUGGUGAUCUUUUUUUUCUGUUUUUUUCUGCUAAAGGUGAUUCAUGAAGUUAAUAAUAACAAAUAUGUACAAAACUACAAUUAUGUGCCUAACAGAACCAUUGUUGACCUUUUUUUGAUUAGUUGAGAGACAGGCUUUUUACUGGCUGUCUAGCUCAUAUCCCCCCGCCCAGCUCCCAACACCCCCCCCCACCCCCCUCUCCAAAGGACCUGAUCAUGCACCGAACAGCUCUGUCAGUGGUGCUCAGACAUAAUGCUGUGCAUGUCUUUACAGUUUUUGGUGUCUUUCUUUGUAUCUUUUCCUCCCUCCUUUCCCUCCCUCCCUCCCUCCUCAGUGCCGCUGUUUUUUUAACAUUGGAACAGAGUAUAGCACAAGCCUGCAUUUGUUUGUAUAUUUUUGACAGUUUGCAGUAAGUGUACAUUCAGAGGUGAUCAUUUUAAAUUGAAUGAAGGGAAAAAUAAAAGUUACG